AUGCCACAACAUGUUCCUAACUUAUAUGGAACAACAAUUCCUAACCAAUAUGGGCACCUAAAUAUCCCGGCGCCAAUGGGGGAAGUAGAUAAGUUAGAUUCGUCGAGAAUUUGUGAAAGAAGGGGUGAGGGAGUGACAAAGCAAAGGAAGAAAGCCUCUCGAGCUUGUGACCAAUGUAGAAAGAAAAGAAUUAAGUGCAGGUUCAACCAGCAUACUGGAGUUUGCCAGGGGUGUUUAGAAGUUAACGAAAAGUGCUUGUUUGUUAGAGUCCCACUGAAACGUGGUCCAGCGAAGAAAAGAAGUAAUGAGGUAUCCAACGACAAUUUCAGUUCAGGUAAUGGUCCUCUUAAUUACAGGUCGAGGACUCAUUCAUACCCAAUAAACUUGGGAGAUAGCCAUAUAGCGUCACUCGCUCGGAAUUCUUCUUUUCCUUCCAUUAGCGGCUUACUUGUUCCCACUAUAACAACUCAAACACAACAAUUUUGGAAGGUACCGUAUGAUGAUAUUAGACGUGGCAGUUCUCUAGCCACAUUAUCCAGUAGUUCAUCGAUAUCUACUUCCUUUGGGGAAAAUUGUCGCCUGGGUCAAAAUUUGAAUGUUGAGCAAGAGAGUAAGGAUACUGCAAUAAAAGGUAUGAUAACGCCAGUAGAAGGAAAUGGUGCGUAUUUAACAAGUGUUUAUCGUCAGGGUCCACAGCCCUCUCAAGUGCAAGAACAGCGUGCUAACCCCUACACCAAUCCUUUCAACUCUGGAAGAUCCAGGAUAAGCAGUUUUUCCGGUACGAGUGAAGCUACAACAUCAGAAGAUAACACACAGGGUAAAGAGCAUUAUAUGUUGACUCCAAAUAGCGUACCCUCAAUUGAAAAAGAACGAUUAAAUUCAUUGACUGUAGGGUGUCUUGGUAAAAAAAUAGACGCGAACACUAAUACUAAUAAGUGGGAAAGAAAUCCGACUUGGAAGUCAGCAUAUCGAUCGUCAGAUCUCUCUCGUCCAGAUUCUAAAAAAAAUGAUCUCUUGAAUCAAGAAGCCGGUAUAAAACCACUCAUUUUCAGCACUAGCAGACAGUUUGACGAGACCCCCCUUUACAAAGUUUUAGACAUCUACUAUAAUUAUUUUCAUCUUAAUUUUCCCAUAAUACCAAUCAGCCAGAGUAAACUUACUGGCAUGCUUGUUCCGGUGAAGCCGCAAGCAUUCGAUGAAACCCACAAAACUAACAGUGAAAUCAUUCAAUGUUUUAAAACCGCGUUGGAGGUUUUGGUAUUCUCUAAAAUAAAACAAAGUAAACCGCCAAAAUCAACAAAAUCAUGGUCUGAUGGCAAUUUAUGCGAUGCUCAAAAAGGACUGUACUACACUCAGAAUUUGAGCAGAUGUAUAAAUGAGUGUUUCCAAAGUUUAAUGACUAUUAAAUCAAAAUUAAAGCAAAGUUUCGGCGUUACUCCUUCAAGAAUAAAGUUCAUUUUCUUUUCGACAAUCGUUAUUCUGAAUUUCAUUUUAGUCUUGACCGGUAAUGAAAGCUUGUCCUUGUUAGGCCCCUCUGUCGGAGUUUUCAACGAGUUUCAAACUUACAAACUAUUUCUGCCUUACGAAAAUGCUAUCUUGGUACCCCUUUUAGUUUCAAACGAGGAGAGCGAUGAAGAACAACUUGAUUAUGCCGUGUUGUUUAAAAGAUCAUACAUACUUUUGAGCAUUUUAGAUUCGCUUCAAAGCUUCAGGUUAGGCCAACCAAAAUUAAUCAAUUUAAAAUUCGAUAGCCCCAUUGACACGUAUUUUAGUGACAAAGCGGGUCAUAAUCAAAUUGUUGAAAACCCCUCUAUGAACUUGGAUAUUAUUUUAUGGAAUCUGAAACUCGGUGAAUUUAUAACAUGCUUUGUCCUUAAUAGAAAAUCCCUGCAAAUAAACAGGUUCCAAAAUCCACCUGCCACGGACCGAACGAGCCAUGAAGGCAUAGCUGUUGAAAAAGAUGAACAUGAUAAUAUUGCUUACGAUUUUCAGAUUCUUUUGAAGAAAAAGGGAACUUUAAUUGAAGAAUUAUUGAAUAUCGGACAAAAGAAUGAAAAGCUUCCGAAAAAUUGGCGCAGUUCAAAUGCUGUAAUGAAUAGUAUUGGUGAGCUAGUUUGCUCGAUGAUCAAUCUGAUAUCAGGUAUAUUAGACUCAAUCGUAAAUGCGAACGUAGAGAACUCUGUCGAUUUGAAUUUGAAGCUGCUUCCAAACACAUGUUCUGCUCCGAAUAGUGAAGAUGAAUCGAUUUCACAAACACAACGCAACACUUCCAAACUUGGCGAUGAAUCAAACAAGUGCUACGCUGCCAAGUAUCUACCGGGAACUGUUUCCGUUUUCAUGCUGCCAAUGGUGGAGGAAUGCUCUAACAUUAUUAAGUUGAUAGGCCCCAUACCCACCAUACUAAUAAGCUUAUUUAUCCGUAAUGGAAACAUGGCAAGUGAGAUAAAUGAUAAAAUAAUGAUGUUGUCCACAGCGCUGAAUGAGUUAGUGCAAAUUACUUCGCUAUUAAAUGCGUUGGAAUCUUUCAGACAGAACACUUAUACACUUGCUAAACGUUUCAACACCGGUAUUCCAAAUAGCACUGGAGGCCUGACGUCUGUAAUGAAGAAAAUGUGCUCGGAAAAUUUCGUAACUGACAACGCUUCUAAUGUUUCGUCACCAGAGGAAGAGGACCAAAGAAUAUUGAGCAAAUUUGCUGAUAUAGGUUGGAAAUUGAUGGAUGAUUCAGAGUUAGGUUGUUGCUAUUGUUUUCUUAACUAA